AUGUCUGCCAUUUCGUACGAUCGUAUCGUGGCCUCAAAGCCGUUCUACCUCUAUGUGGGCCCGAACAAGAAGGAGUUUGUGAUGCACCUCGAGCUCGUGGCUAGCCUGUCGAAACCACUCCAGACCUUGGUGAAGGGCAAGAUGAAGGAGGCUCGAGAGAGCGUCGCCGAAUGGCCCGAGGUUGACGAGGGGACGUUUGUACGGUUCUGCGAGUUCGCGUACACCGGAAGCUACAAACCCGCCGCGCCGAUUCGCCGGCCGCUGCCCAAGAGCCAGGAAUCGCCGACGUCGCAGCCGGGGCAGAAGGGCCCCUUUGGCAUAUACGACGAUUUGGGGAUUGCGAUAGAGGACGGCUACGUCUACGAGGGCUGCAGCAUGCGCGGCAGCUACAACUGGCAGAGGGAGACGAAGAAUAAGUGGAAGCUGUUCCAGGCGGCGGAGGUGGGGGCGGGGGCGGAGGCGGCGAACACGGAGGCGGAGGACGACUACGGCGAGACGCUGCUGUCGCACGCGCGGCUGUACGUGCUGGCGGACAUGUACGCGGUGGAGCCGCUGAUGGCGCUGUGCGUGCGGCGGCUGCACCGGACGCUCAAGGUGUUCCGGCUGCACGGCGGCGUGCGCACUGCCGACCUCGCCCAGCUGUUCGAGUACGCCUACCACAACACCCGCCCCGACACCCCCGGCCCCCCCGCCCGCGUCGACCGCCUCCGCGAGCUCCUCGCCGCCUACGCCGCCUGCCGCAUCUACGAGCUCUGGGACAACCCCCAGCUCCGCGCCGCCCUCGAGAUCGGCGACCUCUCCAAGAACAUCCUCGCCCAGCUCCUCAACAGGCCCGACUAG